AUGGACUCCUCCCCGGUCAGCCUGCUACCGCCUCUGGUGAAAGGCGCUCGUGCAGGCGGUGAAGAACCACGACAGAGCCUCCCUCGACCCUACAAAUGCCCUCUCUGUGACCGUGCUUUCCACCGUCUGGAGCAUCAGACUCGGCACAUCCGCACCCAUACGGGAGAGAAGCCACAUGCCUGCCAACACCCAGGCUGUUCAAAGCGAUUUAGUCGCUCAGACGAACUCACCCGCCAUUCUCGCAUCCACAACAACCCGAAUUCGAGAAGAAGCCACAAGCCCACUCAACAACAACAGCAGCAGCAGCAGCAGCAGCAUCAUAUUGCUCCCACCGCCACGUCGGACAGGCCACACACCACCGCAAACUCCCCGUCGAGAUCGAUGAUGCCACCUCCUGGCAAGCCCAUAACCAGGUCAGCACCUGUCUCCCAGGUGGCAUCGCCAAAUGUGUCUCCCCCCCACUCAUACACCAACUACGCUUCCCACAUGCCCUCCACCCUGGGCCCCUACGGGAGAGGCCCGUCCGAGAGACAGUCGGCCGCUAUGGAUAUCAACAUGCUAGCCUCCGCAGCCUCACAGGUCGAACGUGAUGACAACACAUCCGGAUACCACCUCUCUCCACACCAGUCCCGCUCCAGCCUGUACAACCCCUCUCCCAACUCAAGGUCGCACCACCAUCUCUACCAAUACAACCACAAUACCAGCGGUCGUCUCCCCUCUCUCUCCGCCUACGCCCUCUCCCACUCCAUGGCUCGCUCUCACUCCCACGAAGAUGAAGAUUACAGCCACCGGGCCAAACGAUCGCGCCCUUGCUCCCCGAACUCCACUGCCCCUUCCUCUCCAACCUUCUCUCAUGACUCUCUCUCCCCAACUCCAGACCACACCCCGCUAGCUACCCCGGCACAUUCACCACGCCUGCGGCCAUUCGGGGCCAGCGACCUCCAACUGCCCUCCAUCCGCCACCUGUCCCUCCACCACACGCCAGCCCUGGCACCCAUGGAGCCCCAGACGGAUGGCAUGAACCACGUCAAUAACCACUACGUCCCUCUGCCGCAUGUAGGGCCAAGCAUCAGCGACAUCAUGUCCCGCACGGACGGGACGCAGCGCAAACUCCCAGUCCCCCAGAUUCCAAAGGUUGCCGUGCAUGAUAUGCUGAAUCCUGGGAGUGGAUUUUCAUCCGGCAAUUCAUCGGUUACCGGGUCUGUUGCCGGGGAUUUGGCAGAGCGGUAUUAA